UCCAAACAAUCUCCCUCUCUUUUGUAGUUGUACAUCUACCCCCUUCCUUCCACUUUAGUCUUCUCCAAUUCAAUGGCGAGGCUCUCACUUCUCCUCCUGCUCCUUGUCCUAAUCUCUUCGCCCUCCUCUCGAGCCAACCCUUCUAAAAGUGCAUUCCCUUUGACGUCGGAGAAACUGCAGAAUGGGCUGUACCGGAGCAAUCUGCAGAGCAAAUAUGGCCCUGGAAGCUUGACAACCUACCAAUGCCCCGGGGAGUGCACAAGGAGGUGUUCCAAGACGCAGUACCACAAGCCAUGCAUGUUCUUCUGUCAAAAGUGUUGCAGGAAGUGCCUGUGUGUGCCUCCAGGGUUUUAUGGCAACAAGCAGGUUUGUUCCUGCUACAAUAACUGGAAAACCAAGAGAGGUGGCCCGAAGUGUCCUUAGAUUCUUGGUCCUGCAACCUAAAUGUUUGUUUUGUUUAGCUUCUGUUGGUGGAUUAGUUUGUCAGAGGUGAUGAUGGCGAAGCUGCUGAGUGUUUUUGUGUUUUGCAUGCUUUGUAGGAAACUGAUGUUAUCAUUUAGUUCAUCAGCUAAUGGUUAAUAGACUUGUUUUCA